AGUUUAAAAACUAAUCAGGACAAAGAUGAGAUUACUCCCGAGCUUCUAAGAAAAAUAGGAGCUAAACAUGCUUCGAUGGUUCAUGCCGGUCCAAAUCCAACCCCUCAACAUCUCGAUAAUCUUUCAGAAAUCGCAUUAAGACAUAAAAUUAACCGUCUUGAUGCAGGGAAAAAUUAUGCUUUAG